UAAAUCUUAGAAUGAACCGUCUUCAAGGAUCUAUCCCUCAACAAAUUAGAGAAAAUUGUAAUUUCCGGACUAUAAAUUUCAAUGGCAACCGCUUAGAGGGUCGUCUUCCUCGUUCUCUUGUCAAUUGUGAUGCACUUGAAGUUCUAGAUCUGGGGAACAAUGAAUUGACAGAGACAUUUCCUAAUUGGUUGGGAAAUAUUUCCUCACUUCUUAUCCUGAUUCUACGAUCCAAUAAACUCUAUGGACCAGUCAGUCUUCCAACAAAUAUUCAUGGAAAAAAUUUCACCUUCCAAGAGCUACAGAUUUUUGACAUCUCAUCUAACAACUUCAAUGGUAAUUUGUGUGCAGAAUGUUUUGGCAAUUUUAAGGCAAUGAUGAGUAGUAACAAAGAUUCAGUGCAGCCAGCUGUUGGCUUUUCCCAAUUACAGUUCAGCAAAAAAAUUUAUUAUGAUAUGAUAACAAUCACAAUCAAAGGACAACCGAUGAAUUUGCAAAAUAUUCUGAAUACCUACAAAUCCAUCGAUUUCUCAAACAAUAAUUUUGAUGGAGAGAUCCCUGCAGUGAUUGGAAACCUUGUUUCUUUAUAUCAGCUAAACUUGUCAGAAAAUGCUUUGACAGGUCCAAUUCCUCAUCAGCUCGGCAAUUUGACACAACUCGAGUCAUUAGAUCUAUCUAAAAAUCAUCUUUCUGGAGAAAUU